AUGAGUUUCAAACCCUCGGAGCGUGUCUCCCUGCCGUCGGUGGAUGUGAUUUCCUACGCCUUCGACAAUGCUUACGAUGUCGAUCGACCUAUCCUCAUCGACGUGCAUGACCCCUCUCGAUCCAUUUCGUGCCGGCAGGCGAGGAAGAUUGUCCGCCAGCUGGUUGCCGGACUGCGGGCCUGGGGAGUGAAACCGGGCGAUUGUGUUGCCAUCCACUCCUUCAAUGAGAUUUAUUACUGCAUGCUAGUGCUGGCCAUCGUGGGUGCUGGAGGCGUAUUCGCUGGCACCAAUCCGGCCUACACACGGCCCGAAUUGGCGCACCUUUUCCGGACAGCUGAAGCCCGAUUUGUGGUUUCCGAGCCGGAGAUCGUACAGCCAGCGCUGGAAGCCGUGAAAGAAACGGGCAUCCCCGAAAAGAAUGUCCUGAUCUUCGAUGUCCUGGGGCAGAGUAUCCCCCCUGGCCAACAGUCCUGGAGGACACUUUUCGAUCAUGGAGAAGAAGAUUGGAUGCGUUUCGACGACCAACAGACAGCGGAACAACCGACGGCCGCCAGGAUGUUCAGCAGUGGAACGACCGGAUCGCCCAAGCGGUCACGAUCACCCACCGCAACCUCGUAG